GUUUUGAUUCCAUUUUCCUCAGCCGAGUAGAUUUGGAUUAGGUUCACCGCACCGCCUCUGCGUUAUAGUCCGACCGCCGAGUUCGUCGGCCGCGGGGCCGUGCAUGGCGACUAACCGUCUCUUAUCACAGAGCGCAGCCUUCCUGCACCCACGCGAAAACAACCUCUUUCUUCCAUUAUUUCGUCUACACACCCGCCAACGAUCUCAACUCAGGCGACCCCUUUCCACCUCUCGCGACGCGGUACGACGCGGCGGAAACCUGAAGUUAGCUAUCAAGAAAAUUGCCCCGCCGACGAAUUGCAUUCCUUCGCCUGAACAUCUCAAGCGGCGAACACGCUCCGGUGUCGAGUUCGACCGCGACCUAUACGAGCGAUACGCCUCUGCCGGCCACGUCCCCGUAAUGUUCUGCGAAGUCCUCGAAGCCUUCCGCAUACCUCGGCUGCGCUCCUUCGUCGAUUGCACUCUCGGUGCUGCCGGUCACAGCUCCGCAAUUAUUGAAGCCCAUAGGGAGCUGGAGCUCUUUGUGGGCUUGGAUGUGGAUACUCUCGCCGUUGACAAAGCUCGAACCAGGAUUGAAGCACUCGUUAGUGAUGGCUGCCGGGAGGAAUUGAAAGUGUACACUCAUGCGAGGAAUUUUAAGUACAUAAAGGCUGUGCUUGAUGGUGUUGAUGAGAAUCCACUUAGUGAAGGAGUGGAUGGCAUCUUCAUGGACUUGGGAAUUUCAUCCAUGCAGGUUGAUAAUUUAGAAAGAGGAUUCAGUGUCCUUGGUGAUGGGCCUCUAGAUAUGAGGAUGGAUCCUCAGCAGCCCCUCUCCAAGGCAACUUUAAAGGCAGAGGACAUCCUGAAUUCUUGGCCGGAGGCUGAAGUGGGAAGGAUAUUGCGUGAUUACGGAGAGGAAAGCAAUUGGUGGUUCCUCCAGGAAAAGAUAAUUAAUGCUCGAAAGAAGGGCGGAUUGCAUUCCACUAGAGAACUUGUAGAUCUUGUUCGUAAAGCCUCUGGAAAGUCAGGAGGAAGACUAGGCUGGAUUAAGACAGCUACACGGGUGUUCCAAGCACUACGGAUAGUAGUGAAUGAUGAACUUCAAACUCUUGAAAACGCACUAUAUGCCUGCUUUGACUGCCUGUCCUCUGGAGGUCGGCUUGCUGUAAUUUCAUUCCACAGUUUAGAGGACAGAAUAGUGAAGAAAGCUUUUCUUGACAUAAUUGAAAAUGAAGGAGAGGAUGAUGAGGAAGAUUAUACAGUCAAAAGGAAUGAUAAAAUUGGCACUGGAACACAAAUUUGGAGUAAACAGAAGAUAGUGGGGAGAAAUGGGACCAUCCUAACAAAGAGACCAAUAACACCUUCUGAAGAUGAGGAGAGAUUAAAUCGCAGGUGUAGAAGUGCUAAACUUCGGGUUAUUCAAAAGCAUUAAAAUCAAAGUAGCAUUUUUUCAGAGAGCAGCAUCUAUCAACGUAUGUUGAGGAGGAUAUCUUCUCUGAAGAGAGCUGCAGGAAUGCAGCUGGAUUCUAGGAGCUUCCUGUUGAUAUUGGACUAUACAGAGGCUAGAAGGAAUGGAGAAUGAGGACUAGAUUAUUGAUGCUGAUGUCGGGUGUUUAUAUUAUGUAGAUUGAGGAGAAAUUAAAAUUUCAAUGAGUUGUAUUUAUUUUUGUUGUUUUAGGGGCUGCUAACCGUAUGUUCUAACUAUCAAGCUUAGAAGUGCAAGUGAGUCGAGCCAGCUCAAUAAAUGGCUUGUGAAGUGAGUUCAAUGAGUUAGUGAGUUAAACUUGAGCUAGCUCUGAUUGAACUCAUUAGUUAGGGAGCCGUCUCAUUUAAAAUGUAUUAGUAUAUAAUGCACUUAAAAUAUAUUAGCAUUCAUGAUUUUAAUGAUAAUGUUAAAAAUGUUUAAAAAUUA